AAUGACGGCACUACGAUAGGUCAUAUUAUCAAUGCUCCCGAAUAGUCAAAUUAAUUAUGGAAUGUUCCUGAAACUUCGCGAGGGAACGGAUUCUCAUGUCGUUUUCACCAAAAAUACCCCUUGUUCACUUUCCCUCCCAAAAACAAUGCUUCCUUCUUCUCAUUUCAAUUUCAAAGUCAUAUCUAUAAUCCAUUCGUGAUUACAUUAACAAAAAGUAGUCCAUAUCUUCAGAGAAUUUUGUCCUUGAAAAGAAAGAUAGGGUUUCGAGUGGAGAAAUGUCACCAAUAGUGGCUCCCUCUGCGGCGGCCAAACAAGCGGAACAACUGAAACAAGAUGGCAAUAAUUACUUCCAGAAAAAUCGAUUUGCCGCUGCCAUCGAUGCCUACACCGAGGCUAUUACUUUGUGCCCUAAUGUUCCCAUAUAUUGGACCAAUCGCGCUUUGUGCUAUCGGAAACGCGAUGAGUGGACCAGAGUAGAGGAAGAUUGUAGGGAGGCUAUUCUGCUCGAUCACACUUCUGUUAAGGCGCACUACAUGCUAGGUCUUGCAUUGCUACAGAAAGAACAAUAUGCUGAAGGAGUAAGAGAAUUAGCAAAGGUAAGGACACUUGUCUCUCUGAACAUUUAUUUUCCAAAUUUGUGUAUGGAUCCCAACUUUUUUGCAACUGUGGCUUAUAGUAGUAGUUGUUCUAUGUUUUCCUCUGGACCGGUCAUGUAUUACAUAGCAAUCAUGCAUUACCUGUUAUAUGUUCGAUGUAUUUCUUAGUUUAAGCAGCAGGUUUUAGCUGUUUAUGAAAUCAAUUGACUUGACAUUCAUUUUUUCAAGCAGGCUUUUCUUGU